CUCACAGUUCUUAGACAAAUGAGAGGUUUCGGAAUGAUGUCUUGGUUUUUCAUAGUGUUAUUUCUUAGUUUCACAUUCAAUAGUCCUGUAGAGGCCAAACAUGGGAGGAAGCUUGUACCUGCAGUUGUUGUUGGCGCUGUUUACUGUGACACAUGUUUCCAAGAGGAUUUCUCGAAGUCUAGCCACUUCAUUCCAGGAGCAUCUGUUGCUGUGGAAUGCAGAGAUGGGAACUCAAGACCGAGUUUCCGUAGAGAAGUUACAACAGAUAAGCAUGGAGAGUUCAGAGUUCAUCUACCUUUCUCAGUUGCAAAACAUGGCAGGAAAAUCAUUGCAUGUUCUGUAAAAUUAAUUAAAAGCAGCGAACCAAAUUGUGCGGUGGCUUCAAUGGCAGCAUCUUCCUCACUUCAUUUGAAAUCAAGAAAGGAAGGAACUCAUAUUUUCUCAGCAGGUUUUUUCACCUUCAGGCCUCAAAAACAACCAAACCUAUGCAGCCAAGAACCAAGUCUCCAAAAUUCCAGGAAACUUAAUUCCCAAAAAACAUCAUUUCCUCCAAUCAGUGAUCCAACUUUUCCACCUCCACUUGAAGACCCUACGACGCCUGAUCUUCCUCCGUUGGGCCAAACCCAUCUACCACCUCUCCCUCUAAUUCCCAAACUACCACCAUUGCCAGAACUCCCUCCUUUCCCACCUCUUCCAGGACUGUCUAAGCAGCCACCAAUGCCUGGAAAUGCUGCAGAGACAAAACCUGGUGAUGAUAAGCUAACAAACCCUGAGUUUUUCUUUCCAACUCCACCACUAUUUCCACCGAACCCUUUUCAGCCACCACCAAUUCUGCCCCCAAAUCCAUUCCAGCUGCCACCGCUUCUUCCUCCACUCCCGUUCCAGCCACCACCGCUAAUUCCAUUUCCACCUAACCCUCUUCAGCCUCCACCAGCUCCUCCGAUUCCAUUGCCUCCUAACCCUUUUCAGCCUCCUUCAGCUCCUCUUAUCCCAUUGCUUCCAAUUCCUGGCCUGACACCGCCACCACCACCACCACCACCACCACCUGCCUUCCCAUUCCCUCUCCCUCCGUUCCCGCCAUUCCCAUUCCCUCCUCCUGGCCCUGGGAUCCCCCCUGCUUCUUCUUCAAAGACAUCUUCUCCUUGAAUGGAACACAAUCUGGUUACACAUGUACAAUGCUCCAAUAAUUGCUACCAUUGAGAGGGACAUAAACAUGAGAUUAUUGUAGUUCAAAUAAGUAUCCAAACAUUUGUUGAUAUGUUAUCAAUGUAAAUUAGAGUUUUAGUGAAAUCAAAUGAGUAUCCUUGGUAAAACUCUCUAAUCUAUAUUUGGUGUUCACUCUCCAAUUUCU